CCGGCAUCAUGUCGUUUGGCGGUUUCGGAGCCAAGCCUGCGGGCGGUGGCUUUGGUGCUGCACCCGCUGCGUCCACUGGUGGUUUUGGAGCCAAGCCUGCGGGCGGUGGCUUUGGUGCUGCACCUGCCGCUUCCUCUGGCGGCUUUGGCGCUAAGCCUGCUGGCGGUGGCUUUGGAACUGCUCCUGCGGCUUCUACUGGUGGCUUUGGAGCCGCCCCGGCUGCUUCCACUGGUGGCUUUGGAGCCGCGCCAGCUGCUUCUACUGGUGGCUUUGGAGCCAAGCCUGCUGGCGGUGGCUUUGGAGCUGCUCCCGCGGCUUCCACUGGUGGCUUUGGAGCCGCGCCAGCUGCUUCUACUGGUGGCUUUGGAGCCAAGCCUGCUGGCGGUGGCUUUGGAGCUGCUCCCGCGGCUUCCACUGGUGGCUUUGGAGCCGCCCAGACUGCUUCCACUGGUGGGUUUGGGGCCAAGCCUGCUACAACUGCGGCGCCGGCCACUGGAGGCUUUGGUGCACCCGCAGCUUCCACUGGAGGCUUUGGUGCACCCGCAGCUUCCACUGGUGGCUUUGGUGCUGCCAAGCCUGCUACAACUGCGGCGCCGGCCACUGGAGGCUUUGGUGCACCCGCAGCUUCCACUGGUGGCUUUGGUGCUGCCAAGCCUGCCACAACUGCAGCGCCGGCCACUGGAGGCUUUGGUACUGCUCCCGCGGCUUCUACUGGUGGCUUUGGAGCCAAGCCUGCCACAACCGCAGCACCGGCCACUGGAGGCUUUGGUGCUGCCCCCGCGGCUUCUACUGGUGGCUUUGGAGCCAAGCCUGCUACAUCCGCAGCACCGGCCACUGGAGGCUUUGGUGCUGCCCCCGCGGCUUCUACUGGUGGCUUUGGAGCCAAGCCUGCCACAUCCGCAGCACCGGCCACUGGAGGCUUUGGUGCUGCCCCCGCGGCUUCUACUGGAGGCUUUGGAGCCAAGCCUGCCACAACCGCAGCACCGGCCACUGGAGGCUUUGGUGCUGCCCCCGCGGCUUCUACUGGAGGCUUUGGAGCCAAGCCUGCUACAUCCGCAGCACCGGCCACUGGUGGCUUUGGUGCAGCCAAGCCUGCUACAACUGCGGCGCCAGCCACGGGAGGGUUUGCCACACCAACCUCAGGGGCCGCCAAACCCGGUGCACUCACUGUUCCAGGCCUGAGUACGAAUACCACUGCGACUGGCGCUGCUACUGAGGCUGCUCCAACAGCAUCUAGUCUGCCUCUGGGUGACAUCACAUACAAGGAGCUGGAGAAGCUCAUCAACAAGUGGCAAAAAGACCUGCACGAGCAACAGAAGAUCUUCUAUGAAAAGGCACAGAGCAUCCAGGCUCAAGACUAUAAGAUUGUCAAGAACAGCGAAAGGAUUGAGGAUCUCUAUGAAGAAGUCAAUCGUGUUGUCAAAGCGCAAUCUGUUCUAGAGAAGACACUGCAAAAAGCACAGCAGGAUCAAAGCGAGAUGGGCACACUCCUCGACGAGCUGGAGAGUCAUUUGCCUGACUUUGGAGAUGUUACCUCCGAUCGACCCGUGGAUCGCGAGCGAGACCAAAUGUUCAAAUCAGCUGAAACUAUUCAAGUGCAACUGCGUGGCAUGGAGGAGGACGUGAAGGAAAUGGUCAAAUCACUCAACGAUGCCUCCAGCCGGGGUUCCGAUGAGACAGAUCCUCUGGUGCAGAUCAGUCUGGUUCUGACAGAGCACAUGUCUUCCUUGUCCGAGGAAACCCGUCAACAGCUCAAUCAGCUCGAUUCUGCUAAACAGGGCUACAAAGCGGCGAUUUACUAAAUUGUUGUAGGAGCGAUAACUCUGCGUUGUCGUCCCUUGGGCGUUUGAUCUGUGUCACUCAUGGUGAACCUUCAUUGAAUUGUAAUCUGAAGGCUU